AUGGCAACAGGUCUGGCAGCCCUUGGGGAGCUACCAGAGGAAUCAGGCUCUAACACCUGCGAGCCUGAAACUUCUAACACCUCUGAAGAGCAAGUGGAUCCCCCAAAACAACAGAAGGAAGAACAAGAAGACCAGGAGGAGAAAGCUGAUAGCAGCCCCUGCCUGGAGAUACCAGAGGAUUCAGGCUCUAACACCUGCGAGCCUGAAACACCCAACACCUCUGAAGAGCAAAUAGAAACCCUGAAACAACAGGAGAUACCAGAGGAAUCAGGCUCUAACACCUACGAGCCUGAAACACCCAACACCUCUGAAGAGAAAGUGGAAGCCCUGAAACAACAGGAGGAAGAACAACUGGUUGAGGAGCAGAAAGCUGACAGCAGCCCCUGCCAGGAGAUACCAGAGGAAUCAGGCUCUAACACCUGCGAGCCUGAAACAACCAACACCUCUGAAGAGCAAAUGGAAGCCCUGGAACAACAGGAGCUACCAGAGGAAUCAGGCUCUAACACCUGCCAGCCUGAAACUCCCAACACCUCUAAAGAACAAGUGGAAGCCCCAAAUCAAAAGGAAGAACAACUGGUUGAGGAGCAGAAAGCUGACAGCAGCCCCUGCCAGGAGAUGCCAGAGGAAUCAGGCUCUAACACCUGCCAGCCUGAAACACCCAACACCUCUGAAGAGAAAGUGGAAGCCACGGAACAACAGAAGCCCAGGACAUACAUUCAAGCCCUGGAGCCGAUCGGCGAGGACAACUACGGUGUCAUUUAUAAUGGAUGGCACCAUAAAGAGCAGAAAGAGGUGGCCAUCACCAUCAUUAAGGAUACGAAGAAGCAAAAGGAAAUCCUCAAAAAAAUGAAAAUCUUUGAAAACAUUCCUGACCACAAAAACAUCGUUGGCUUUUAUGGGGCAUUCUACAAUCAUGCCUCUAAAAAAAUGCCCCAUUAUGAAGGAUUGUGGGUUUCAACUGAGCUUUACACCGGAUCAUCACUGAAAGAGCUCAUUAAUGGUCAGAAGCAGAAAUCCUUGCCAGAGAACACUAUAGCUUACAUCUGCAAGGAGGUGUUACAGGGCCUGAGUCAUCUAGAUAAAAACAAGGUGAUUCAUCACGACCUGAGGCCUGGCAACAUCAUGGUGGCAUCAUCUGGAGACAUAAAGAUCAUUGAUUUCACAUCUGCCACCAAGGGACCGAGGAGCCACGCUACUUCUGGUGCUAUUCCAUACAUGGCUCCAGAAGUAAUGGCCAAUAUUGGAAGCAACACUGUUGACUAUACCACCAAGGCUGAUGUGUGGUCACUGGGGAUAUCAGCGCUGGAAAUGGCGGAAGGAUAUUAUCCAUUCAGCAGAUUUCCUGAGAAUAAACGAAUGAAGAGGAUUAUGCACGGUCCUGCACCAACAUUACUGUGGGACACAUGGAGUGACAAAUUCCAUUUCUUCAUAUCUGAAUGUCUCCAGAAAAACCCAGCAAGGAGGCCGUCUGCAGAACAGCUACUGGCACACCCCUUUAUUAGCAACAUCCAAAAUGAAAGGGGUGUCAAAAAGUUCAUAAAAAGGCACCUGCAGAAAUGUAAGGGAACUGCUCAUUCUCAUUAUAAUUCACUCCACUAAAGCCGCCCAUAAUAAAGGCUGAGAUUGUAUAAGGGCAGAGGUCACUGAACUAGGCCAAAUCUAUGAGAGAGACAAACAUGAUGAGAUGGGAGAAAAUGUUAUUAUUAAAUAGUUGUAACUGACAUUUAAAUUAGUAGCAAAGGGAAUGGGAUAUAAAACAUGCAGCAAAUACUAUAAAAAAACAAA